AUGGGAUUGGGUACUGUCACACUUUUGGAGAUCAAGAAGGUGCCGAACAGCAAGCGAAUUGCUUUCUGCCUUCCUUCAGGUGAAUUCAUCGUCGUGACAGACACGUGUGCGCCUGAUUUUGGUGCCAACAAUGCCGCAGAUCUCUACGGUUGUAAUCUAUUCCAGUUCCUGAUGCUCCGAGAUGCAGAAAAACUUGAGGACUUUUUGCAUGCGCAGCACACCGAUAAUAGCAAUGGCAGUGGACUUGUAGUCAAUCGAUCCCAACAAAUGCGCUUAAUGGUGCGACUUUCAAGAAAUCCGAGAACGCAGCUGUGUAUCCAACUCUCAGAUACCCCACUGACACUUCGAAUGAUGCGCUGUAUUGACACAAUUCGUAGUCUCAGCCACCCGCUUGGUUUGUUUGCUGACUCCUCCAGCUUUGUGCUUUCUGAAGAUGAGUUUAGCACCUUGUUGAGACAUUCACUUCAUAACAAAGACUCGCUGUGUUCGCCAAACCAUGCAUCACAGGCUGAAGCGUUGAUGUCGACUGAAGAUGAUGACGACCUGACGUUUCUGGAAAUUGAAGAUAGCUGCAUGUCUCCAGCAAGCUUCACUUCCGUUGUGCCAGUAGAAUUAAAGCACCGUAACUCGAGUCUCGAUAUGACACAAAAUGGCCUUGAUGUUAAUUCUGAAGAGAGUGAUCAUGAUCUUAGAGCAUCACUGUCCGAUUUGGCGUUUGAAGCUGAUUGGUCCAGCGAGACUCUUCAGGAUGAUGGCUUCGUAUCACCGCAGCCGGUCACCCCGAUUUCUUCAGAUACAAGCUAUAUGCCAACUAGUAAACCUGAUUUACGUGCCGAAGUUUUCUCAUGA